UGGCGGCCAUUUUAGAUUUCACCCGUCAGUUGUCAAGCGAGCGGCUUGGGUAAGGUCGCGUUGGGGCUAUUUCGUAUAAAUUAUUUCAAAACAAAGGAGAUUUGAGACACACAAUGGUUCGGAACUACAUCCGGAAAACGGACAGAGGCAUGACGUACAGCAAAGAGAAGCUACUCGAAGCGGUCGCGAAGAUCCGAUCAGGCGAGCUGAACGGGUACGAAGCUGCCAACAAAUACAACAUACCUCGGACAACCUUGUACGACUAUGCCAAAGGCAAGAAAUUCAGGUCCCUAACCCUCGGCAAACCACCAGCCCUUUCAUCAGAACUCGAAAAAGUUAUUGCUGAUAAUCUCCUAGCGCUACAAGACAAUGGAUUCUAUUUCGGAAGAAAAGACACAUUAGAUCUUGUAGGAAUAUAUUUGAAAGAGAACAAGAUCAAACAUCCGUUCAAGUCUGGGAAACCUGGAGAAUGCUGGCUAACCUCUUUCUGUAAAAGAACUAAUGUAACUUGCAAACCGCUGUAUAAAGAAUUUGGGAAUCAAGACAAAGAAGUGAUUAUGGUUAAGGAAUUUUAUUGUGUACUAGAAAUGAGGAUAGACAAGCUAGAAUUAGCGGAUAAACCGGGACAGAUUUGGCAUAUUGAAGAGCAUAGUUUUUGUAGAGGGAAGAGAGUGAAUAGUUAUGAUAAAGAAAAGGAUCUAACUAUUGUGACAAUCUGUAGUGCUGAAGGCAGGAAAGCUCCACUUUUAACUGUCUUCAAAGGCGAGGAGAGCCACGAGUGGAUGCUAGGAAAGCAUGUAAAUGUCAGCCAUAACAGUGGUAUGUGUAGGGAAGUGUUUAAAAGCUAUUUUACGACGGCAUUCCUGAAUUAUAUUGACGAUAGUAAACCAAAUUUGGUAAUUUUCCAAGGUCAGAGCUCUCUAAUUGAUCUAGACAUCAUUGGGGCGGCUAGAAAAGGUCAAGUGACAUUAAUUCAAGCCCCUACUUACCUGGAAAACUUAAAUAUAUCGAUCGCUAGAACCUUGAAGCUAAAGUGGGGCCAAAUAUUCGGGGAAUCUACUAAAGAGUUUGCAGCAGCCGCAUCUCAGCGUUUCGACGAUCUACAAGAGAUUGAAAUAAGCGAGGACUUCAAAAACGCCGGCGUCCAUCCAUUUGCCACAGUUUGUGACAGUAAAUUUGGAAACGAUCGUUUGAAAAUCUACGAAGAAUUUGUAUGGUUUAAGGAUAGGCAACAGAAUGUCAUGCAGUUAAACAAGGAUACAGAACAAGUGAUAGUGAAUGAAGAUAUGGAAUUCCAAAUGAAUUUUGAGGCGGAAUUUGACAGUUCGACAUCGAUGUCGAUGACUGAAGAAGUACAAACACCAAACAAAUGCAGCGGCGAGAUAUUAAGAAGAGCCUUGAUUUCUGUCAAGAAGGAGCUAAUACAACAUGAACAGAUCCAUAACAAUGAUAGCGAAUUAACCAAAGCUGAGGAGGACCACCUAGUUGAAUAUGUCACGGAUCUAACUACCGCUGGAUUUAUAAUAACUGAAGACCAAUUAAUUGAAGCUGUGGACAAUAUACAAGGAAACCCGUUUAAGACUAGGGAGCAACAUCGUUUCACCUACGAGUGCUUCUUAAAAAGCUAUCCUAGACUGAAAGAGAAACUAUCGCGAGAGGUAUCAGACAAAAUUACCCAAGAAUCUAUCAAUGUCUGGCUUUAUCGUGUACGGAUGUAUCUCAAAAAGCACAAUCUAGAAGACGUCCUACGUCAGCCAAGACGGAUUUUCAACUUUGGAGAGAUAGCUUUGAAUCUCAGUACUAAAGACAAAGAUCAUGAAACAGAUACUACAAGUGAUGAUUUAACAGUUUUCAUAACAGCAUCAGCAGAUGGCGCUGUACAAGCUCCUUCUGUUCUAUUCCCAAUUAAGCAAUCAAUCAGCUGUCCUUGGUCGAAAGCAGAAAUCCUUACCGAUCAAAUAACUGAUGUAUUUUAUGACUGGUUGACUGAACACAAUAUUCAACUCCCUGUUGUCUUAUUUGUGCACCAAAUGACUCACAUAAACCUACCUUUGUUUGAAUUCUGCAAAGAAAAACAAAUUGUACUUCUAUCUUUGCCGCAUAUGGAAAUACAACCUCUGCAAGAAGUUUUUCGGCCGUUAGGAGAAUAUUGGAAUGAGAAUAGGGAUAUUAAAACGCUUAAAAAAGAAGAACUAGCAAAGGUUUUGGAAAAUUAUGUUAAACGGGAUUUUAGUAAGGAAAUAACGAAGAGUUUUAAAGCAUGUGGCAUAUAUCCUUUCAAUACAAAUGUUAAAUACAAUACAAAUGAAAUUCAAACCGAAACAAACGUCAAAGAAAAACAUAAAGAGGGAAAAAAAGAAAACAAUAACCAAGUUAAUCUUUUGGAAGAAGUAGAAAAAAGAAUUUCAAGCGAACUAUUAGAAGAAUUCAAAAAAACAGGAGAUGUAUGGCAAGGAGAUCCUCGACAUGUCAGUCUUUUUUUGUUCUGGAAGAAUGUCCGCGAUGAAAACAAAGAAGAUAGAAGAAAGGCAGAAGAUGAAAGCACGGGAAAAGUGUUUCUGGAGAUCUGUUUAGAAGAAAUGAAUGAUAGUACUGCGAGUUGCAAUGUUUGA